AUGUCCUCGGACUUCGGAGGCACGGCCAGCAGCAGUCUUGCCGGCGAGGCGCCUCGCUCAGACGCCAACCGAAUGGACAAUAUUAUCCCUCCCCAUCUCAAGGGGAAAGGCAGAGCGCCUCACUGGUUGAUCCCAGAUACAAUUACGGAAUCCAUGAUAAAAUCCGCGGAGAAGGCCUCGGCCAUGGGCAGCGCCACGACGGCUGAUGCGAAACAGGUCAAAGGCAUCUUUUUCAACGCCUGGGGCCCCAACAGCGAGUACGCCCGCAUGAUGAAGACCCCGACUGUCGUGUCUGACAGCGCGAGCACCCGUGCGGAGACGGAGAACCUCCGGCCGGAGAAUCUGGGAAAGAAGGGAUGGGCCAGAGCGCCCACGCGCAAGCAGCCGCCUCAGCUUCCGGACUACCUGAAGUACGAUAUCCCUUUCGAGAACCACGGCGACUUUGAAGGCGACUCCGAUGACAAUAUGUGA